AUGAUGUAUUAUUAUAAUUGGACAGAACAACAAGUUAAAGCAAUUGUAAUUACAGAUGGUGCUUUUGGUAAAUUACAAUUAUAUACAGCUAUUGCUGAUAUAUUACCACGACAUUGCUUACCUAUUAUGCUUGAUGUUGGUACAAAUAAUGAAGAGAUUGCAUCUAAUCCUCUUUAUAUUGGUCUACGACAAAAACGUGUUGUGGGUAAAGAAUAUGACGAAUUCAUUAAUAAAUUUAUGCAAGCAGUCGUGCAACGUUUCGGCUGGCAUUGUCUUAUACAACUUGAAGAUUUUGCUAGUCAACAAUACAAAAAAAAGCUUCUUGAAAAAUAUCAAAAACAUGAUUGUGCAUUUAAUGAUAACAUUCAAGAUACAACUACAAUUAUUCUUGUCGGUCUCUUGGCAGUACUUCGUAAAACAAAUAAAAGAUUAAGUAACAAUACAUAUCUUUUUAUUGAUUCUGGUAAAGAUAGAUGUAUAUUUGCAUUAGGUAGUCCAUUUAAAUCGAUCAUGUAUAAGGAUAAAAUAUGUCAUCCAGGCCUAAGAAGUAAUGCUCAUAUAUUUUCAGCUAUUGCUUUAGCUACAAUGACAUGUGCAGUUCGUCAUGUGGAAGAUGAUCUGUUUUUACUUAUUGCUGAACAUUAUCCAGAACUCGAAAAUAAAGAAGAAUUAAUUCGUAUACAAUUAUAUGAUACAACAUAUCAAUAUUUUGGUACGUUAACAUGGCAAUUAUAUAAACAAUCACGUGUAACAUUUCAUCUAUAA